AUGCCGCUGCCAUCCGAUCUUACUAUUUCAAGGACCAAGUUCGAUAGCAGAGAGAUUGAUGAGGAGACCAAGAAGUUUAAUGAGGGAUUAAUCAAGAUUUGGAAGGAUGGGCCGAGGUGGUAUGAGGUCGGCGCUUCAACCUACCGCACGCUCCGCUGGGAAGGCAAAACGCCUCUUCCCAAACUUAAUCAUUACAACAUCACCGUUGUUUCGAUUGGAUACCGUCUUGCUCCUGAAGAUCCAUGGCCAAAGGGUAUAGAAGACUGCUACGACGCAGCAGAGUGGCUUGUCAAGAACAGCAAACAAGAAUUUGGAGGAGAACUACUAUUUACCGGCGGCGAGUCCGCGGGCGCCCACCUCGCUCUAUUGACAGCCCUCCACCUCUUAACCACCACCCCAACCUUCUCCUUCCGCGCCCUCCUCCUCCACUUCGGCUGCUACGACCUCUCCGCCUUUCUACCCCACGCACAUAACCACACCCUCUCCCUCGUAGUAGACCGCGACGUAAUGACGUCCUAUGUCAACGCGCUACUACCCUACACCACGGAGUCCGAGCGGCGUCACCCCUCCAUAAGCCCCUUUUGGACCGAUCUCAGACAAUAUUCAGGGAGGCUGCCGCCUGCACUGUUUACGUGUGGCAGCGAGGAUCCGUUGCUAGAUGACAGUGUGAUGAUGGGGGCGAAGUGGGGGAUGUGGGGUGGGGCGACUGUGGUGAAGAUUUAUACGGGGGCGCCGCAUGGAUUCAUUGGGUUUGCGAGGGGGACGAUUCGGGCGGUCGGAGAGGCGUUAGAUGAUAUGGAGGUGUUUAUUGAAGAGAAUAUUGGUGGGUUAUGA